GUAUAAAACCCCCCAUGGUUGGUGCUGAUCGCGGUAUUCAACUUUAACCAAACAAUCAAUAGACAAGAUGAGUCUCAACGCAACUGACAAGGAUGUAGUCAAGGCCUUCUGGUCCAAAGUGUCUGGCAAGGCUGAUGAGAUCGGUGGUGACGCCAUGUCCAGGAUGAUUCUGGUGUACCCACAGACCAAGACCUACUUUGCCCACUGGAAGGACUUGAAGCCCGGCUCUGGCCCAGUGAAGAACCAUGGAAAGAUUGUGAUGGGUGGAGUUGCUGAUGCUGUGAGCAAAAUCAACGAUCUGACUGGGGGUCUUCUGACCCUUAGUGAGCUGCAUGCCUUCACUCUGAGAGUGGACCCUGCUAACUUCAAGAUUCUGGCUCACAACAUCCUCGUGGUCUUGGCCAUCAUGUUCCCCACCGAAUUCACCCCUGAGGUCCAUGUGUCUGUGGACAAGUUCCUGGCUGCCCUGGCCCGGGCCCUGGCUGAGAAGUACCGAUAAACUGUGUGCAAGAGCAGCAGCGAUAACGGACAGCAGCAUGGGCUUGUACUCUUUCUGUUUGUCUGAAUUUCAAUAAAGAAACAAAUGCAAUGAAA